CUGUCAUUUCCGAACAGCACAGAGCUAGAGUUAAUUCAGCGUGAAAAAGGAAGGAGUUGCAGCGUGUCAGAAUUCUCCCUCCGCAGCUUGGAUUAUUACAGGAGACGGAUUUCAAGUGUUUUAAAAAGCAGAGGAUUUAAAAAAAUACUGCGAAAUGGAGUACUUUGAGAAUGAGAUUUUUAAGGACAACUGAUGUUUGACUGCUAGAAAUACUGAAGGAAUUUUUCAAAAUGAGCAUUGUUAUGAAGCCAAGAUCCCGAUCUACCAGCUCCUUAAGGACUGCCGACGCAAUGUGUUUCGAUGUAGACAAUGGUACAUCAUCGGGACGAAGUCCCCUGGAUCCCAUGACGAGCCCUGGAUCAGGGCUAGUUCUUCAGGCAAAUUUUGUCCACAGUCAACGUAGGGAGUCUUUCCUUUACCGGUCAGACAGUGACUAUGACCUUUCUCCAAAGUCCAUGUCCAGGAACUCCUCCAUUGCCAGUGAUAUACAUGGAGAUGACUUGAUUGUGACACCAUUUGCUCAGGUGCUGGCCAGCCUGCGUACUGUACGGAAUAACUUUGCUGCAUUAACCAAUUUACAAGAUCGGGCACCCAGCAAACGGUCACCAAUGUGUAACCAACCAUCUAUCAACAAAGCAACUAUAACAGAGGAGCAUUCCAAUGAUAAACUGCACUGCCAAACUUUUAGCAGAGGCGAGUUUGCGCAGCAGUUUGUGGAGAAGGGUGCACAGGGAGGGCAGCCUUCGGAAAACAGGCCAUUUUCUUCUGGGAAUGAAACGGACGUAGCCUCUUGUUGA